UCAACAGUGGAAAAUGCAAGUCCAAGAUCAAAGUCCUCGGAGUUGGCCUAAAAAACGAAAACCAUUUGAGUCUCCAGGGGAAGUGGAAGAAUCCCAAACUCCGAAAUGUUUUGCAACUGCCUCCUCAUUCCUCUUUUUCUCUCCUCUUUCCUCUCUGCUUCUGUUCACUUAAUACCUCCGCCUCUUGGUGUCCACCCUUUAGAUGAAAAAUAUUAUGCUGCGGAGAUUAUCAAGUGUAAGGAUGGAUCAAAUUCUUUUACCAGGGACCGUCUUAAUGACGACUACUGUGAUUGCGUUGACGGAACCGAUGAGCCUGGAACUUCAGCUUGUCCAGCCGGCAAAUUUUACUGCAGGAAUAAAGGGAGUAGUCCUCUGUUCAUUUUCUCUUCUCAUGUUAAUGAUGGUUUUUGUGAUUGCUGUGAUGGAAGUGAUGAAUAUGAUAGUGGUAUCAAGUGUCCCAAUAUGUGCGUCAUGGGUGGGAACAUUGAGUACAAAACUGAAACUUAUAUUUCUGCAAGUAAUGUUCACUCUGCUGGUGCAAAUGAAAGGAAAGAUGGAAUUCAUUUGGAUGACUUGAUUGAGAAGCUUAAAGGUUUGAAGAUGAUUGCAAUACUGGAGGUGGUCCUCAUUGGGUUUCUGGUAAUAUGGAGAAUAUUCCGUCGGCAUCUCAGGUCAAAAAGAAGACGUCACCAUUGAAAGCAUCUACAUUGGUUCACAAUUCUGUCCUUGGUAAUAUUUCGAUAUCAUCAAUUAAGAUCCAAUACUCUACUAUCUUUCUAACACCAGGUCCCUUAGUUUCUUUUUUCUCCUUGUCAACACCAACAAUAUUUUAGUCCUGUUCUGUAGCUGAUUCACCUAAAUGCUUGCAUUUAACACCAUUGUGACUUUUCCAAGCUUGAUAAGAUUCAACUCAUUUCAUGGUCUUGGUUGCAGCAAUCACGAAGACAGAGUGAGUUGAAUGUUUUGAUCUUGGGUGGAAAGGGCAGGCAAAACCAUCUGAUGGGAUUAGGAAUCAAAAACAUUUUGUACAAAAUGGUCUAGUACACAGGAUAUUUAGCAUUGUCUCAUAUAUAUUCAAUCAUGUUCUAUCGAAAUCCAUUUAUUUGCUUUUGCAUUUGCCUGUUUGACGUUCCAAAUAUGGGGCUGAAGUAUCAUGCAGGGAGUGCAGGGAAAGAAAAUGUGCCAAGUAGUCCCCUUAGGGAAUGUUUCAGUGGUUAAGAGCUAAAGUUUCCAUGUUGGAAAUCUUAAAUUUGAAUCCUGAAAUAGUUAGGGAGGCGUUUGGGAAUUGGGAACAAGGAAAGUUAUCUCUUAUUGUAUAGUUGAUUAUUUGAUGUACCAAUUGAAAGAAAAUGUGCCAAGUAAACAUUAGCGAUAAAAAAAGAAAAUCACACACAAUAUGUACUUGGUUUGGCAUAUACUUCUAUCAGCAAGCCUAGGUCUAGGCCUACAUCCAGGGAUGGGCGUUAAGUUCAGUUUGUAUGAACCGAACCGAAAUUUAGGUUGAGACUUGUAUACAGACACAUUUUUUAAUGCAUACUUGCAAUACACUUAAUGAUAAAAC